AUACAGAAACGCAUGUCUCAUGAUCCUAUGAUUGAACGGGUUUCCUUACAUGAAAUAGUCAACAGCGUUGCCAACUUCAACAAACCUACUUCAACCUCGGCCGGCCAGUUUUACUUAAAAGACUCUCUACUUCCUGUGUACAAUCCGUUCUUCUACCAUUACUCAAGAAGCGAUCUUUCUCAAGCUGAGCAGUACCAGCAAAAGACGCGGUCCAAAUCAGACCGAAAGCUGCAAGCUUGUCCACCGCCGAUGCCAUGCGACUUUGAGCCCUUUUUUGCACCUGCUGCAAAUAUUCUGAAGACCCCGUGCCUUAUCAAGAUUUUGAAACUUGUACUUGACAGAACCGGCAAACGAAGUCGAUUUUCGAGUGAUCGCUUGCUGCACAGGGCGCUUUAUCUGAUUGGAAUGGCUCUCCAUGAACAAACUCGUGAUCCUCAUGGUUUUUCCUUCACCAUAGCGGCUGAAAAGGAAGAGCUACUGCGGUCGCUAGAGUCACUUUCUGGAUCUCCUGAAGUUGCUACACAUGCAGAUCUUCUUUGGUGGACAAUUCAGGUAUUUACGCUUUUCUGA